AUGGCGGCACGCGGCAACUCUCUGCGCGAUAAGCAGAUCGUGUCUAUCAAGAAGAUCCUAAACCUCAACCAGGCGGUCGAGUCCGGCGACAACGACGAUCAAAAUGCCAAUGGCUUUCUGGCGCCGUCGGCGCCCAUACUGAAGGACGGGCUUCCCAUCUGGAAGGUUCUGGUGUUUGAUGAUCUCGGCCGCGAUAUCAUCAGCCCAGUCCUCCAGGUAUCUGAUCUCAGGUCGCUGGGGGUGACGAUGCAUAUGCAUAUAUCGGCAUCUAGAGCACCCAUUCCCGACGUCCCCGCCAUAUACUUGGUCGAGCCGAAUUCUGCCAACCUUCAGGCGAUUACGAAUGAUCUCCAAAAGGGCCUCUACGGUUCAGCCAGCAUCAACUUUCUAUCCUCGAUCCCGCGGCCUUUGUUGGAGGACUUCGCUGCGCAGACAGCGACUGCCGGAACCUCUGAACAGAUCUCACAGAUAUACGACCAGUAUCUCAACUUUAUUGUGACCGAACCUGAUCUCUUCAGUCUGAGCAUGCAGAAGGAGCACACAUACUGGGCCUUGAACAGCGCAAAGACCAAGGACGAGGAGCUCGACCGCGUGAUAGACAGGAUAGUCAGCGGGCUAUUCAGCGUUGUGGUAACAAUGGGUGUCAUACCGAUUAUACGGUGCCCAAGAGGCGCUGCAGCGGAGGUGGUUGCGACCAAGCUGGAUCGCAAACUCCGCGACCACAUCCUCAACUCUAAAGACAAUCUCUUUUCUUCACAGGCACGCCCAGCCUCAUCUUCCACCGGAACUCCGACGUCUAGACCUGUGCUCAUUAUCUUGGACCGCAAUGUUGACUUGAUACCCAUGUUAUCUCACUCCUGGACAUACCAAAGUCUUUGUUUUGACAUAUUUAGAUCGGAACUCAACCGCAUCACCAUCGAGACCCCAAUCGACACAAAUAAUCCUGCAAAAGGCACCACUAAAAAGAGCUACGAUCUAGCCGCCAACGAUUUCUUCUGGGAAAAGAACGCGUGCAUACCGUUCCCCCAGGUUGCUGAGGAUAUUGACGCCGAGCUCACAAAGUACAAGGAGGAAGCCGAGGCGAUCACCAAGAAGACGGGGGUGACUGAUUUCGAAGACCUCCAAAAUGAUACGAGUGCCAGCGCCCAGCACCUGAAAGCAGCCAUUACGCUCCUGCCAGAGCUCCGGGAAAGAAAAGCAACUCUGGACAUGCACAUGAACAUACUCGCUGCGAUCUUGGGAGAGAUCCAAAACCGGCAGUUGGACAACUAUUUCCAGCUUGAAGAAAACCUGGGGAAGCAGACCAAGGCCCAGAUGCUCGAGUCGAUCAAAGGCGCGGACAAGGGUAAACCGGCCGACAAGCUUCGACUAUUUAUCAUCUGGUACCUCAGCGCAGAGCAGGAUGUCUCUCGGCAGGAAUGGGUCCAGUUUGAAGAAGCACUUACGGCGGCAGGUUGCGACAAGACAUGUCUGUCUUAUAUUCGACAGGUCCGGGCCACUACGAAGAUGACACAGCUAACUACCAUCUCCAACUCUACGUCAGCAACUCAGCAACAAUCUGGAUCUUCGGACCUUUUCCACCGGUUUUCGGCCAUAUCGAGCCGGCUCACGGACCGACUGAAAGAGACGGGAGUUCCUACUACCGCCCUGUCUUCGAACGUCGCGUCACUUCUCGGCGGAAUCAAGAACUUCCUGCCGGUCGAUCGUGAUCUGACUGUGACAAAGAUCACUGAGUCUAUCAUGGACCCGUCGAGCGCAAGCUCGUCGGCAAUUGCAAAGACGGAGCACUACCUGUACUUUGACCCCAGAAGCGCGAAUGCGCGCGGGACGAUGCCGCAGCCUUCUACGAUCCGAGCGGGGGGCUCUGCGGGGGCAUCGGCGCCGGGCGGACUGCCGGGCUCAGGCCUUGGUGUGCAGGGCCCCGGGACGGGUGCCAGCUUUGGGCAGCGGCGGCAGGGGUUCUCAGAGUCGCUAGUUUUCAUGGUUGGAGGCGGCUCUAUGGACGAGUACGGAAACUUGCAGGAAUGGGCGACUCGGAUGAUGGCGGGCGAUCGCGCAAAGAGGAGAGUCGUGUACGGCGCCAGCGAGCUCGUCAACGCCAGCCAGUUUAUCAGCGAGGAGCUUGAUAAGCUUGGCAAGGAAAUAUCCUAG